AAAAGGGAAGCUGUUUCGAAGAACACUGAUCGGCUCAAUCUACGUCAUAUGAGAAAGUCGGUCGACUUUUUGCGCACUUGCAUCAACUCACGAUGACCGGCGAUGCACCUCCACCAAAGGCCUCGGCCUCGCCGACGAGGACCUCCACUGAUUCCGCCCCAUCGGAUCCUGCACCACCCGCCGAGUCGGAUUCGAAGGAUGACGCUGCUUCAUUGCCAGUUCCCGAAGCAAUCGAUAUGGAAGCGUUCAGUCAGAUACUCGAAUUGGACGAGGAAGGCUCGCACGACUUUUCGAAGGAGAUGGUCACAGCGUAUUUCUCCCAGGCAACAACGACAUUCGUGGACAUGGACAAAGCACUUGCCGAUGAGAAUCUACCAGAGCUAUCGUCAUUAGGCCACUUUCUCAAAGGUUCCUCCGCUGCUCUGGGGAUCCACCAUGUGCAGGCAUCGUGCGAGAAGAUGCAACACUACGGAGAGCUCCGCGAUGAAAUAGCAGGGAUCGAUCUCAAGUCCGACGAAGCGCUUGCGCGGAUACGGGUGCUCCUACCAGCUACCAAAGCCGAGUACGCGGACGCGCGGCGGUGGCUCAAGAAAUGGUACGAUGACCAAAGCGAUCCCCUGACAGACGUGGAUGACGACGACGACGAUGACGACAAGGGAAAGCCGGAAACCAAAGCGCCAUAAAUUACACAUCGUCUCGCGCACACCAUUCCCUGUGAUGGUAGCCGGUGCUCACAUGCGCGCUAUCUAUUGCCCAUGUCACGCCAAAAGCCGAGAGAUCACUCUGUACUAGCUCACACACACGAAACAAACCUGCAACAACCUGCAGCAAGUGUUGAUCCACUGAGUCUCCCUUCUGAUGCCUGCUGCACGCCUGCUGGGGCCCUGUAAUGGAUCUUGUACAAUUACAAUCAGACCUUCAUAUCUUCUUAUCAGCUAUAAUGAACUGAUGUAUCGGUCCGGAUGCACUUUCAUUGAUACAAUCAGACUUGGCCUGGGUCACGACUCUCCAUCAGCCCCCAUGCACUCAAGAUCCACGUGUCUUGUUUCUCACAAUCUAUCCUCGCUGCCCAGUGACUCGAAAUCUGGGGUUCAACUGCGAUGAUUUCCUCGUGGCUGAUAGUGGGCACAUACCCAAUGACUCCCUUCCGUGCGUCAAGCGUCCUCUCUUCAGGGUGAUUUUUCAAGGGCGUCAAGAUCCACGCGCCUUUUUUCCCACAAUAGAUCUCCUCUGCGACCCGGUGACUCGAGAUCUGGGGGCUCAACUGCAAUGAUUUCCUCAUGGCUGAUAGUGUGUACACAUGAGAUGUCGAAAUAGCUGACUUCUCCUUGAUGCUGUUCAGUGUUCACGAUUUGAGGUCAUUCUGCCAAGUACCUUUCUGUCAUGAAACCCAUUUGCGAGACAGUGAGAUGAUAAAUCUUGGACCAAACUGUAGUCCGAGCUCAAACGUCGAACGUCGAACGCUGAGGUGUGGUCCAGACUCGGAUAUACGAGUCCAUUUUGGUCAUCCGGUUGGGGGGCAGAAGAAUGUUUCACUUCAG